CUCGCAAGAGAAUUUCUGUCUCAGGUAUCCAUUUUAUCGAUCAUCCCUCAUUCAUGCUUCUCAGAGGCCAACCAGGAAUCUUUUUCUCCAUUUUUCUGUGCCACGUUUUACCUCUCAGAUGAUGAUGCCUUUCUUCCAUGGCAGUACAGUUGUGAAGGAACAUAGUGGCCCAUUUCAUGGAACUCAGCUCAGACUUCCAGCUCUGCCUUCACACAUGUCCAGACUGCCUGCCUUCCCACAAACCUGGAGGAGAGCAUGGAUCAGUCCUGCUUGCUCCAAACAUGAACGGAGCCACUUCUUUACUGGAGCAGAGUGCUGACCUUCAGCUUUGUCACGAUUUAUUGAACUGUUUACUCAGGUUCUCUCUUUCCUCUAGACAUGUUUCCUGUUCCACUGUUGAGCACAUUGGAGCGAGUGGGUGCCGAUGUGCUGACCUGGAUGAUGUUUGUACUCCUGCGUGUCUUGCAGCUUGUUCAUGGGAUUUAAUGAAUGAACAAACAGUGGCUGCUUCUCAUGACCGUCCUGCAAACUGGCCUUGCAACAAAAGACAGCCCAGGAGACACGAAGCAAGACCUAAGUAGCAUGAUAGCUCAAGGCAUCUUGGGGUUCAUGCGACCCUUGCGCAGUGGACUGAAUGUGAGCAAGACUCGCUUUAUUUUUCUCUGUGGGGUGACAGAACAGAAUCGUGUGCCAGCAAAGCAGAUGUCAAGAAGGGGUUUCAGCUCAACGUGCAAGCUCCAGGGUGCCCCCAGGGAGUCAAGCUCUGCAGACCAGGUGACAGUGCAUUUUAUAAAUCGGGAUGGAGAGCGACUUACAACCACAGCCAAAGAAGGGGAGAGUUUGCUAGAAGUGGUAGUCAAUCAAAACUUGGCCAUUGAUGGAUUUGGUGCAUGUGAAGGGACAUUAGCCUGCUCCACCUGUCACCUUGUCUUUGAGAAGGAUGCCUUUCAAAAGCUGGAUGCCAUCUCAGAUGAAGAGAUGGACAUGCUGGACUUGGCAUAUGGACUCACUGAGACAUCUCGCCUCGGUUGCCAGGUGCGCAUUAAGAAGUCGAUGGAUGGUCUGACAGUGCAGGUCCCCAUGGAGGUAUCAGACAUCAGGAGGCAGCUGGAGGUCGGAAAGCAAAGCAAACAGUAACUGGAAACAACUCCUGCCCAACCCACUUCCUUUAGGUGUGGCAGGGCACUUUGCUUUUGGUUAACGCUGGUGCUCUUUGGGGCUGGCUUGCAGUAGACAAUGGAAGUCUGAUUUAGUAUGUACAACUGUUCAGCAAAUCUCUUCUUUAAAUAAAGCUUGA